AUGCCUGUGGCUCAUGGUGACUGUGGGCCCCCACCUCCCAUGACCUAUUCCAGGCCAUCCAGUGACGAGCACACCAGCAGCUUCCCUGUUGGAUCCAGCGUGAUGUACACAUGCAUCGAAGGCACCAUCAAAAUCCCUGGGAGAUCAGACUCAGUGAAGUGCCUGCCCGGCGCACGCUGGUCCACACUGCCCGAGCCCUGCGGCCGGAGCUGCUCUGCCCCGACAAGGCUGCGGUUUGCUGCCCUUUCCAAGGUGGAUGAGAGGAUUAACUUCUUUCCCGUUGGGAGCAAUGUGAGCUAUGUCUGUCGCCCCGGCUAUGAGAACACCUCAGACAGCUCCCCCACCAGCACUUGCCUGGAAAACCUGGAGUGGUCAGAAGCAGCCGAGCUGUGCAGGAGGAAAUCCUGUGGGGACCCAGGAGCACUGCCCAGGGGCAGGAUGGUCACACUGACAGACCUGCAGUUUGGUGCCAGAGUGAACGUGUCCUGUGAAGACGGCAAUGGAAAGCAUGAUGGUGAAGGUGUAGAAACAUUUGCUUAUAACUCCACCGUGACUUACAGCUGUGACUCUGGCUUCCAGCUUGUUGGGAAUGGGAGCAUCCAUUGCACCA